AAGACUUGAGACAGGAAGCGUUUGCGGCGGUGGCUGCAGGUGGAAGCUCCACGAGGGAUUUGGACAGGCUGGUCAAGGAAUUGGGUCAACUAAAAUCCAAGUAAUUUUCAUUUUUUUUGAACGGUAGGAAAUUAGAAAGGUUAAAAUUUCAAUUUGAUCCCUGAAUUAUUAUAUAGACUUUUGAUUUGAUUCUUAAAUUAUUACGUGGGCCCUCAAUUUAGUCCUUCAUGUUUACCAAUUUAUCUGAGGUUAGUCUUUCAUACAAAAAAAUAGCUGAUGUGUCUAUUACUUAAUGUCAAAAAAUAAUUAUUUAAUGUUCACGUGUCAUAUUAAUAAAAAGACAUAUUAGUUGUUUUUUAUAUGAAAAGACUAAUGUAGAGCAAAUUGAUAAACAUUAGGGAUUAAAUUGAAGGUUUGUAUAAUAAUUUAAGGAUCAAAUUAAAUUUUUUUUUAAUUCAAGAAUUAAAUUAAGGAUCCAUAUAAUAGUUCAAAUACUAAAUUAGAGAUUUAACUAAUCACAAAAUAGUUCCAAUAAGGCUUAAUUCGAAGCAGCUUUGCCUAUAAUGUUUGGUUUUUAAAUCUUAUUAUUUGGGAUUAAUGUUUGUAGACACUAAGAAAUGGCAUGGCGUAGACUAGAGCGACAGCUUCUAAUGGUUUAGAUGGAGGAAACAAGGUAGCAGCUGAUGGCAAACAGGUGAAGCCACUGUGGAGAAUAUAAAGGAGCAGGGAGUGGAGAAAAUGCAGAGUAUUAGUAAAGAUGAUCAUAGCUCUAAUGAGGCAAAUCAUCAUGAGACUGGAUUGAUGGUUUUCAACGUUGAUUAUAAGUGCUCCAAGGCACCACUCCCCUGCGACCAACUGAGCGUCACUAGAGUAAUUAGAUGAAUAAUAAAGUUGAUGUUGGAGAAUCUGGGAAUAGUCGUGCUUUUCUAAUCUAAUUAUGAUUAUGAAUGCUAAAUUAUGGUUAUAUGAUCAUAUGACAGUAGUAUUGAUCCUACAAAAACAUGCUACACUUUGCUUUAAUAUUUUUAAAAAAUUGUUUUACCAUCU